UCCGGGCGGUGUGAGGUAGGUGGGGGCCAUUGUUCCCUCGCCUGAUUGUUAGUCACAGAGAAGCAGCCGGUCUUCCUUAUUCCUCCAUCCAGGGUGGGAGCGGCCGGUCAGUGCUGUCAGCUGCCUCCAGCGCCCAUCACCACAGCCCCGGUCACACAUACAGCAGCCGCCCGGCGCGCCCCUCAGCCUGGAGCCCCUAUGUACGACGACCUGUACAUCCAUGGAUUCGAGGACUCUGAGGUGGGUUCAGCUGAUUCCUACACAAGUCGUCCAUCGUUAGACUCCGACGUGUCACUGGAGGAGGAUCGGGAGGCUGCCCGCCGCGAGGUGGAGAGGCAGGCUCAGCAACAGCUAGAGAGAGCCAGGCUUAAGCCGGUUGCCUUUGCUGUAAGGACCAAUGUCAGUUACUGUGGAGCUCUGGAUGAAGAAUGCCCAGUUCAGGGAAGUGCUAUCAAUUUUGAAGCCAAAGAUUUUCUACAUAUCAAAGAGAAAUAUAACAAUGACUGGUGGAUCGGGAGGCUAGUAAAAGAGGGGGGAGACAUCGCCUUCAUUCCAAGCCCUCAGAGGCUAGAGGCCAUUCGACUGAAACAGGAGCAGAAAGCUAGGCGAUCUGGUAACUCUUCUGGUUUAGGAGACAUGGUCUCAAUCAAUCGGCGUUCGCCUCCCCCGUCAAUAGCCAAACAGAAGCAAAAACAGACAGAGCAUGUUGCACCAUAUGAUGUUGUUCCAUCGAUGCGCCCAGUGGUCCUUGUUGGGCCUUCUCUCAAAGGAUAUGAGGUGACUGACAUGAUGCAGAAAGCUCUCUUUGACUUUAUGAAGCACAGAUUUGAUGGCAGAAUCUCCAUUACCAGAGUCACAGCUGACUUGUCUCUAGCCAAGCGUUCAGUACUCAAUAAUCCAGGCAGGAGAGCCAUCAUUGAACGAUCAAGCACCCGCUCCAGCAUUGCUGAGGUACAAAGUGAAAUUGAGAGGAUAUUUGAGUUGGCCAAGACACUCCAACUAGUCAUCCUGGAUGCGGACACAAUCAACCAUCCUGCUCAACUUAGCAAAACUUCCCUGGCACCUAUCAUUGUGUAUGUCAAAGUUUCAUCACCUAAGGUGCUGCAGAGACUAAUAAAGUCCAGGGGAAAAUCUCAAGUUAAACACCUCAAUGUCCAGAUGCUAGCAGCUGACAAAUUAAUACAGUGCCCUCCGGAACUGUUUGAUGUAAUUUUGGAUGAGAAUCAGCUGGAAGAUGCAUGUGAACACCUUGCAGAAUACAUGGAGGUGUACUGGAGAGCCACACAUCACCCACUGCACCCACACACUGGCCAAAAUCUAAUGACUCCCCCCACUGCCAUUCCUGGCCUACAGAACCAGCAAAUUCUCUCGGAUCGAGCCAGUGAGCAUUCUCCAUUAGAGCGAGACAGCUUAAUGCAGUCAGACGAGGCCAGUGAAACCUCCCGCAAAACCUGGACAGCCUCUUCCCAGAGGAGUUCCCGCCACAUGGAGGAUGAGUACUCAGAUGCCUACCAGGACCUGUAUCAGCCUCACCGACAACAUAACAGUGGACUGCACAACACGAAUGGCCAUGACUCCCAGGAUCGUCUUCUGGAACGAGACGCGGAGCAAAACCACAAUGACAGGAACUGGCAGCGCAACCGUCCCUGGCCCAAAGACAGCUACUGAGUGGGGUCUCUUUGCACACACCCGUUAAACACAUCCACACACUAUUCCUGCAUGGCAGUGCAUGCCAUGAGGCACAGCCACUAAGUGUAAAUUCCAGGGUAGCGGCAAGAGUCAAGAAUGCACUAAGAAGAAAAAGCAGCCUGCUCCUGAUCUGCCAUUUGCUUGGUAUAUUCUGCCUACAAAAUGUAAUGGCAGAAGGGCUGUUAAAGUAGUUGCACAUAUGCAGGACCUGGCUGCACUAUAAUACUGCAAAAAGCAGAGCCAAGACACAAAACCAGUUUUUGUGGUUUACAGGUAGAGGCAGUAAUUUGCUGGAAUUUGCGAAUCAAUCUAAUUGGCCACUAAAUCAGUUAAUAUUCCAGAUUUUAUGCGGUUGGCCUUAUUGCAUUUAUUUUAAAGAGUUUUUUAAACACUGUAGCACCUGUACCAGUGGCGUUCUAGUGUUUACAUGUAUUGGGUCGCAUACACGUUACAAUUUUUUGUGAGUGCGAGCCAAAAGAGAACAUCACAAGCUAUGGUCUGUGGAAGGCAGUCAGGGAUGGUGUGAGACAGAGUUUACAGAACAGGUCAUGCAAAAAGGAGUAUGGACACCCACAGCCUGUGAAGUGAUGAGAUCAACUUAUCUCUUUCUAGGCAAGUCUGAAAAAUCAUGGGGCAAUGUACUCUCCCCCAUUCAAGGUCUACUCCAUGUAUGGAGUUUUAUCACCACAAAAUACUGCCCUUCAGGUACAAUGCUCUUUCUCAUAUUUUUUUACAACACAUAUACAUAUAAAAACAAGUUACUGAGUGCUUUUACAAAAUCACAAGAAGAGGUGACUACAUUUCUAAAACACACAGCUUGCCUUAGGACUCCAAAAUUAAAGGGAAAUUGCAUACCAGAUGCCGUCAUGGCUGUGGAAUCAUAGAACGAUAAGUCAGCCUGGCUGAGCAUGCUGUCAGUACUUAUUUAUGAAGGAAGCAUAGACAUCUGAGUAAUCUACUGGACUAUCAGCAUUUACACACAAGACACUACAUACUAGUGAUUCCAGGAAGCUGCUCUAGGCAUUGAGGCCCAAAGCCAUGAGACCAAAACACUUGGCACUGUUCAUUUUAUUAAGAUCAAUUGGGAAGGAAACACAUGUUGAGUUGCCAUAGGUGCUGUGCUAAGUUUCCAGAUACAAAAAUGUGAAUUGAGUGUUAGAGAGUGAUGAAGGUUCCUCUUAUCCUUUAUAUACAGUGAAUGUCAGCUCAUUGGGGUUUGCCAUGUAGUGCACUGAGCAACUUAAAAACUUUUAUUGGGUCGGUUACCUUCAUAUUUACAUUUUCUGCCCAGACAUAUCAUAUAAGAUAACAUAAUUACAGUGGUGUAACAGGACUGAUUUGACAUGUCAAUAUAGGAGCGAUCCAACAUGUCUACCCACUAGUUGGCAGCUCUUAGGAACCUCCUACUUAAAAGUAAUUCUGUGGCUCUUGCAUUUAAUGUAAAAAAUAUUUUCCUGCCCCCCCGCCAUGAAGCCCAUUCUGCAUCUGCCAGCUACUUACCUCCUAUGAUGUAUUCAUUUGGAGGAAUCUACAAUCACCGCCUUCUUGGCCUGUUACUUCUUGCACAUUUGUAAAUAUCCUAAAGCACAUGUAUUGUUCUUAGCUUUAUGCUGCUUGCAAUCUUUUCCCACUUUGGUAAGUCCCCUAUGGAAAGUUAGGAGUCUCUCAGUUAAUCCAUGUGUUAGACAAAACCACAAAACCCAGCAUGAUCAUUAGUACGCCUAAAAAAAAGAUUAGGGAGAUGUAAUCACACAGACCAGGACACAUGGAUAGUUUAUUCUGACUGUACAAAUCUUUAUAAUGUUUUAUCAUCAAACCACUCCUUCUGUAAGACUGUCUUGGCACUACCAUGAAUGCCAGGUAUGUGGCAUACUAUCUAGAAAGAAGUAUACUAACGCUAUCCAACAGAGCCCAUUAACUAUAAUUUGGUCCCUUUGGUUUCCUGCAUAGGGUCCUUUGUUUUACCGGGCUAAAUAGCGAUGUGAAGAGUUCAAUUUUGUCAGAGAUUUUCUUACAAACAUUAGUUGCAGAUAUUGUGAACACAGUUUAAAACAGUUCCAUUUUGCAGACAUAGGUGAGCAGCUUAUUCUAGUAGAAAACUGACUUUAUAAGUUUAAUGGUUUCUCAAUACUAAAGGGAAAUAUAUAGUAGAGGCUUCGAUAACACAGAGUUGACAUAGGGCCCUUGCAUCAUAUAAUUUCUUUUAGGGUGCAUGCACACCAUGUUUUCACUCUACGGGUGCCGGAUCCGGCUGGGGGAGGGGAAAACCGUGCGCUCCCGUACCCCAGCCGGACCGACGCCCUAAUCCAUUGACUUUAAUGAGCCGACCGGAGUCACCGUUUUACUCCGGUCGGCUCAUUUUUUACCCAUAUCCGGUUUUCUGACUGGACCUCAAAACAUAGUAUACUACGUUUUGAGGUCCGGUCAGAAAACCGGAUACGUUUAGAGUGAAAAAGUGUUGUGCAUGCACCCUUAUAUGCCUCCGAUUUCAUACAAGAGCAGUCAGAUUCCUCCCAGAUUAAAAAAAAAAAAAAAAAAAAGUUUUACCACUUGCAGGGACAUGCUAUGUGUAUAAGCCCUUAGAUCUAAGCUAUUUGUUCUCGACAGGCUAUGUUCACACACAGAGCCAUAUGUUUUUACAAAAAUAUGGCCUUUAAAUCAAGUAUUUGUUAAAAAAUACUGAAAUUUUUUAUAAUGUGUUCAAUUAAAAUCUGUGGUCACAUUUUGUAUAUAAAAAAACUAAAUCCGUAAGUCCUAAUUGCCAUUAAAAUAUUAAGCAUGUUCAUGAUUUGUGCCCAUUAUUGACUUUUAAUGGAUGGGGGAAAAAAAUUCUGAUCAUAAAAUGGCAAAAUAACAUCUAAAAGAAUGGUGGAAAAACUGUAUUAAAAAAAAUUAGCUUUUUUAAAGAAAUUGUUGCAUUAUUCACAGCUACAAAUACGACCAAAAAUGUGUGAACAUAGCCUUAAAGGGGUACUCCGCUGCUCAGCGCUUGGAACAAAUUGUUCCGAACGCUGGC